AAAAUGGCGGUAGGCCGGGCGUGCAUGUGUUUGUGGCAUGGUCUCAGACCAAAACUGACGACACCAGUCCGCAGUGGUCCAUCUCUGUUGAGGAGCUGGUCUACGUGGUCGCCACCAUCGAGGCAACUGCACCGGUGGUCUGCCUUUCGCAAGCGGUGGGACUCUAUCCCUGCGUUGCGUCGCGGCUUGGCCGACGCAGGUGCCGGCGGCAGUGGAUCCGGUAGCGGUGCUGGCAGUGGUGCUUCGGGCCGAUCAGCGGACCAGUUCUCACAACGAGCCAUGAAAUACACGUUCGUUGCUUUCGGCGCGAUGUUCACCGGUGUCGGUGGUUUCUUGGUUGUCUCUUGGGGUGCGCCUCCUUUGGAUGAACAAGGCAAUGAGAUAAAGGAUGAGUUCAGCCACAUGCCUCGCUGGAAAGCCCAUUUGUACAGGACAUACAAAGAGCUCCAGCUAUACAACAAGAUGAUCAAGGACCCAUCCCGCGAUAAGCUCCUGCCAGACCCGUUGACCGAGCCCUACUACCAGCCUCCGUACACGCUAGUCCUGGAGAUGACCGGCGUUCUGGUGCACCCCGACUGGACGUACCAGACUGGCUGGCGUUUCAAGAAGAGGCCCGGCGUGAACCAUUUCUUGCAGCAGGUUGGGCCACCGCUCUUCGAAGUUGUCAUCUAUACUUCGGAACAGGGAUUUACGGCAUAUCCUAUCCUGGACACCCUAGAUCCUCAGGGCUACAUCAUGUACAGAUUGUUCCGAGACGCAACUCGGUACACAAAUGGGCACCACGUCAAGGACCUCUCCUGUCUGAACCGGGACCUCUCUCGCGUCAUAAUGGUCGACUGGAGUGCCGAGGCCUGCUCGUUACAGCCGCGCAACGCGCUACGGCUACCUAAGUGGGACGGCAGUGAUGAGGAUCGCACGCUCAUUGAGCUGGCCCAGUUUCUGCGCACUAUUGCCACAAGCGAGGUGGAGGAUGUGCGGACAGUGCUGGACUACUACAGCCAGUUUGACAAUCCAUUGGAGGCAUUCAAGGAAAACCAAAGGAAACUCCAGGAAGAGAAGCAGCAGGCGCCCCUGGAGCCAAGCCCCAGCCAACGAUCUUGGGCCAUGGGACUUUGGAAACGGCAGUGACGAUGUCGUGCUCUGUGGACUCUCGAACAGUGGUGGUUGGUGCCGCCAACCAUGUUAGUUGAAUGGAGUUGAUGUUGCCAGUAGAAGAGUGUUCGCCGUUUAUAGAACAGACUGAAUGUGAGAGCACACGUCUGUUCUGUCGUGUGCGCAACUGCCGCUGAAACGAGACUGAGUAGGCGCACAAGACAGUAUUGAAUAACGUUCUUUUUGUGUGCGUCUGCAGAAGAGGUGCACACUUCCUUGUGCAUCACUGAUUAUGCACACAGGUGCGCAACUAAACCCGAAACUCCACAAAUAUUCUUUUUCUUUCAUUAGGAAGGAAUGUUGUAGAAUGAAAUUGAUACGAUCUAGCGGGAUCUUUCAGAACGGCCUUGUUACGAAUGCCUAGUGUUACAUCAUGCUGCAUUUUGCCCGUUGUAAAAUUUAGUGCUGCUGCAUUCUACGCAACUUGCACAUAGAUCACCACAUCGAGCAAUUGCUGAAAGCAGCUGCUAAACAUAGUCAUUUGUGUUGUUGGAGGUGCUGUGGUCGCGUAGGACAUUUACUAAUAUAGACUUCACGCGGAUCACGUAUGAAGGGUGCUUGUUCUGUCUUUAUAGCUAAUCCACAACUCGCGCCAGCGUGAAACUUUGAAAUAACAGCGCAGAAAGGGGUUCUGCGCAGCAGUUUCCUAGCCCGUUUUUGACCCGAGUGGUACACAGUCAGUCGUAAGCUGCAAUACCAGUAAGUACUACAAUGGCCUACUUGGCUCCUUUCUUUUUUCUUGCUGGAUUCAGCCAAAGUUAGGUAGGGUACUUGCAUUGAUGUCUUUGGCAUCAGUUUUUCUAUAUUCAAAUUUGGGAACUAAGUUUUUUUCUCUCGAGUCUGGCACAACUACAAUGUAGAGUUGUCUGUACUUCUGUGUAAAUAAAGUGAAUGAUGUAAAGUAUGGAAGUAGCAGCAGUGGUUUCCACAACAUCACUCAAGCUUUCUUAGUCCCCCUGGAGCACUUUUUAGUAGGGACCGACGAAUGUUCAAGCUCUUCGAAUAUUACAGCACUGCUAGAAUUUUCUCCGACACGAACUCGAAGGGGUACUCAAAAAUUUCAUGGCCGAGAUAGCCUGCUGGAUUGAUUUCUGUGAACAUGCUUAUAUCAUUUGCAAAAUAUCGGCAGCGAAUAUACCUUAGGAGGUAUUUUACAUGAAUUUUGAAGUUUGAAUUCUGAAGGUAUUGACACCAUCAAAGGUGACCUUGUAUGUCACCCCACGCCCUUUUUGGUUUUUCGUCCAAUAAAUUCAGUUGUUAGAUGCGCUUUGUGUUAGCCCAGUUUUUGUCAUCCUUAACUUUGUAGCGUGGCCUUUACCUACAAAGGUGACCCCCCUGCUUCCUUCACGUCACAACACUGCAGUCAAUAAAACAAGUUGUGAUGAUGUCAUA